GCAGUAGUGGUUUCUUGUUCAUGAACAUCUCAGCACUGACUCAAACUUCAUGAGAGACACAAAAGGUAAGACCUUUGACAAACUCAACACACACAGUUCCUGGUUUUUUGAUACAUUUAUGAGAGAUAGGUGGGAGUUAUAGCAACCGUCCUGGUCUGUGGUGUAAAAUAUGUCUAUAUGUAUGUACCUGUUUUUGCUUCUGUUGAUCCCAUGAGGGGUUAAAUUCUUGCACAGCCACAUCAGCUUUGUUUAGGACAAACACAUGUCCUCUCUCGGCAGCCAAUGGAUGGAUGUGCAACUAAUUAGAAAACAGUAAGGGCUCUGGACCACAAGAGAAGAGCUAACAUGAUGGUGUGCUGUCAGCAGAGUUUGACUUUUUGAUUCCCUUCAAAUAUUUUCGUCUUAAUAAAUUGCUCUGUGUACCCGUUUGCCCCAUCUCUGUCCGUCCAUUCGCCUGUCUGUUUAUCUGCCAGUGGCUCCACGCUCUGCUGAUGUGAGAGACCACAGAGGGAGACAGCGGCGACAGACCAACAUGAGCUUGAAAUUCCACAACAAAUGUGGUUUUGUUUGAUGCAAAUUCAGCAUCACCAACAACAAACAUGUGUAAUACAGAGAUAAAAGAGGUAUGCGUGUACAAUAAUGUGUUUUUUUUUCAUAAGAGUAAGAACUCACAGGAACAGAGGUAAGGUUUGACUUUCACAUAUGUGAGACAGAAGCUCAGGAAGGCCUCAAAGGUGAAGUGUUUGACCUAAAAAUUUCACUUUCAUAUGGAAACAAUACUCCAUCCCCUCCUAUCCUAUUUACUGUUCCUCUUUUACCUCCUUACAGUUUAAUGGAUGCUCUGUUUACUGUGCAGCGUAAACACAGAAUGAGACUGAACAGCUCAGUCAGGACUGUGUACUGUAUGUCAGUCUGUUUGUGUAUGAGCACACUAGUCUGAGUAUGUGUGUAAAAAUAAAUAUAUAUGAGCUACAAAGAGCAAUAAAGAGCAGAUCAGAGGCUCUACAUUUAUUCAAGUCUCAAACAGCCCCCAUGAGUUACUGUAAACAGGACAGAGAAAGCCCUCAAGCUGCUGCAAUAAUGUAUGAAAUACGUCAGUGAAACAUUAAACAAUGUCUGCUCUGUGUUUCAGGAAUUAAGACUCAACCUGAUUUUUAUCUCUAGGAAUUCAUUCACUUGUUCUCAGAUGAUAUGUAAAGCUCUGUUAUGAUGCAUGGACUGAAAAGCUUUUUUCAAUUAUAAAGAGAAAGAUUAUAGCUGUCUGAGAAGCUAAAAUGUCUCACAAAGUAUAGAGAUAAUAAAAAUGGUGAAAAACACCAACAGCUGAUUUAAAAAAAAACAGAUCUUCAUCUUUUCAAGGUUUAAUAGAGAGAGUUAAAAUAAAAGAAAAUGUUUAAGAGUGACAGAGAGUAGGGUUUGCUCAAGGUUGUUUAGCUUAGAUGUUACUAUCUGCAUUUAAAGUCUCACUCUGAUCAUUUUUUUUUUACUACUUAAAAGUGUUGUCAGUGCUCUUUAAAUUGUGAUUAUGAAGUAUUUAGCCAAAACCACAUUAUCUGUGUCAUUUGCAAGGGCUUUUCUUCGGCAGAGCUCCAGCAGAUCAUUAGCAAUUCGUCCCUGAGUCGUGGGCGGUGACAGCGCUGCUCUGCACACUCUACUUCACGCUAGCUUGCAGCCUAACAUUGUCUGUGUCGUUGAAGAAGCAGGUAACAUAGGAGCUAUUCAACUAACGGACAUUAAUGUCUUUAAGGACAUAAUGAAAGUUAAUAUCAUAAUUAGCUUUCUUACGAGCAUUGCAAUCUGCUAACACACACACUUGUUCCGCGAUUGUCCUCUCUAUUUUUCCGAGUCUGGCCUGCAUAACGGGGCCCUGGGGGUGGAGCUUGGAUUUGCUACAUAGGAAAUCUCACUGUAUCUGAACCUGCUGUUGAGCAGAUUCCAUGAACAUGCUAUGUCUACAUGUCAUAUGAACAUGUAGACAACCAGAAAAACAUGAUUUUCAUCAGAGUGGGACUUCAAAGACUAAGGUAGCUAAAGGUAAAGAGCCUGCUGCUCCCACAGUCUUUGUCCGGUUCCUUUUUGUAACUUUCAUUUCCACUUAAUUCCAAACCUACUGUACAUCACCGUCCCUGAAAACAGACACAGCGAGCAGUUAGCAGGUGAACUUAGCGGAGCAAGAUAUUUCCCACAGUGGUUGGUGGAAAGUGAUAAGAGCUACGUUAGGACUGAAACCUCCAUGACUCUGUGAAUGCUGUCUGCUGUCAAUCAGGUAAAUGAACACAUGAACACUGUACAGAUGGUCUCGAGUAAAACAUUUGUCUGUUUGUUUGUUUAUUAAGCUCAGCUUUAACAGGAAAUCAAGACACAAGGACUCGCAUAGCUGCAUCACAUUCACCUCCUGAGGGCAGAUUUAGUCGAGUGUAGGAACUCAGGGGAGGAAAGAAUUUCCCAGCAUUCACCAAACAACUGAGAAGUAAAAUAUGAGGAUUAGACUGUGGUUAAUGAAUUACAGAAAUAAUGGUUUCAACUGGAGUCAACAACUUAAUUGGACACAGAAAAAAUAGAAAAAAAUGGAUUAAAACAAUACAUGUUGAAAAGAAUGCAAAUUUGUUGAAAUAUGAGUAACAGUAGAGGUCAGAGGGUUUUUUCACAGGGAGAAAAAUGACAUUCAAUCAGCAUGGGUUACAUUGUUUGUGUCAUCAUACAGCUGAUUCUAGUUUUAUGAAAGGUUUUUCAAAAAUCCUGGUUUUGAAAGCCACCAUUAAUAAUACAUUAAAACGACUGAAUUAUUGGUUAGAUGCAGCGCAAACUCAUAAUCUUGUUUGGUUAACUGAAGCUGGUUAAAAAAAAUAGAUUAAACCUCAAAUGAUCAGAUUUUCCAACAUUGAUUUGUUAGAAUUAAAGCAAAAUGUAUAAUUUUCACAUAUUGCCAAAUUAUAAAGCACCUCAGUUGACUUUAAUCCAAAACAUCCAUUAGUGUGAUUUGAGCUUGAGCACUGGUGGUGUUGCAAGGACCCCAUAGUUUGAAUUUAAGGAGUUACGUCUUUGUCCUACUCAAUCAUUUUGGAGGCUGUAAUGUUUAUGUGCCAUAAAACUCACUAAAUUUGGUGGAUGCAUCAAGAGUAGUAGAAAUUUGCUCAGUUAUUGGUGUAAAGUAAAAUGGCUGUAUGAAACUUAAAUGGAAUUUUGGAAAUUCAUUCAUUCAAGUGGGCUUGAUAUAUACAAUUUUGUAGGCUUAUGUGUCAUGGACAGACCAACAAAUAUACUUCAGUUGUCAUGGUGUGUCAGCCAUUUUAAAUUUUAUUCAAGAUAUGGUAUAUUUAUGGUAAUAGGCAUGGGUCAUGUUAGUAUGACCUUUGUUCAGUUUCAUCUGAUCAACUCCAAAUUUGAUCAGCAUGUCAUAAAAUUUACCAGACACUAACUGAUUUAAAAAUGUUGGGGGAGGUUUUAGGACAUGGCUGUGGCUGGGGGUCAAAGUUUGGUUAUUUCUGCUGAUUUACUUCUGUAGCUCUCACAUUUAGUACUCAAACCUCUUGAUAUUUUUAACAGUAAGUGCUUGGCUUGAAGGCCACCUAUCAUAAACACAACAACACAAGACACCCGUACUACCACAAGAUGCUCAAAAUAGUCAAAAUAAGAGUACUCAAGGCAAUUUUCAGUGUUUAUAUUUAAACCAACUUCUCUCCGAGAGUUUAUGUAUUUAAAUUUAGAGUCAAGACAAGACUUGAGAGAUGAAAACCUAUCAAAACAGAUCUUAUCUAUUAUGGCCACUGUGACACUGACAAUGAAACAGGAAGUGGAUUUCACUCUUACUUACUAUAUUGUAUCUGUGGUCAUAUAUGUACAACCAUGGGCCACCCCUGAACACAUUUACAAGCUGAUGUCAAACUGUAGCCAUAGUACCACCCACUAAAAUGAGGCAGGAGUUCUUUGUGUGUGAAAUGUACUGAGAUUGAUGGCAGCUUUGACCUCCACACUGUUAAAUUUGCUCACAUCUUAUUUAGUGAUGGCUAUAUGAAAACCAAAGUGGCCUCUCUGACCUAGAGCAGAGCCAAACCUUGUAGAUGCUGCUCUCUUUGCAGAUGUGACAAACCCUGAUGUAGGGUGGGGACCCUUUCAUCACUGCUAGCAGCUUUGAGUUUAAACUUGAACCACAGAGGAAAUGUGAAUUUAUUUGAACCAUGACAAGUCACUUCAAAUUAUACUUAAACUAGUUUAUGAAAAAGUAGGUCACAUAUCUAAAACAGGGAAUCUUGUCGACCUAGGUCAUGCAACGUUUUUGUAUCUCAGAUCACAACAUUUCUCAGAAAACGUCCAUGUAUGUUUGGUGACAAAGACUGAAGUUAAUUCAGAUCUGAACAUGUUUUUGAUGUGUUUCUGUCACCUGUCUGCAUGCUGCUGUGGCUUUACUAAACUGUGACAUCUUUUGUUAUUUAUAACCGCUCAUAGCAACGACCUCUAAGAGUUGGCCUCAAACAUACAGCUCAUUCUUCAGUUUGCUUUCUAAGCUACUCCACAUGCGAGGUGCAUUUUUGACCCUAAAGCUGGCAAUAUGCCGCCUCCAUAUGGACAACCCCAGACGCUGAGUAACAUGAAGUUUCUCCUGAGGAAAAUCUUUGAUCUCAAUAGGGCUCUUCUUUCAGAACGUAUAUGUUAUCAAUGCAAAGAUGAACUGUGGUUUGGUUUGAGUUAUCACCCAUUGACUCAAAGUUAAUUUCAUGACUUGAGCUCACAUUUCCCCCCUGAAGGACAUUCAGAUUGUGUUACAUUUGUUGCAGUUGUGAGAUCUUAUGUGAGGAAUCUUCACAUUAAGAUGUUUCCAGGAAAAAGACUCCCUGUUUUCUAUCAACUCACACAACUUUCAACCAACCGAGACAAAGCCUAACCUAAUAAAUCAGUUGCAGUGGAUAUGAAGUCUUUUGCUUAGUGCAUGUUGUUUGUAAAAUCUGAUCUUGAGUGUGACGUUGUUGUUUGUUGACAGCAUUUACUGUUUUGCAGGGAUGAGAGAAAAACAUGUUUGCCUUUGUCAAAAACUCUUGAGCGUGUCUCUGUCUGCUUUGUCACACUGCUGAGUCAUGACAGUCUGCAUUACACCGUUUGUGACGUUGAACGUUUUUACAAGACAGGAUCAUUUUUCUGUUUGGUUUCUUCCUGCAGACUGAUGGAGCACUCUUUGUAUUGGUCUGAACAAUCAGCUGCAACACGCAUAUCUAAACCAUGUACAUGUGUGCGUGCUUGUGUGCAAGUGUUUGCAGAACCACUCCAUUGUUAAAAGAGAAGCAAAUAGAGGUCUUUCACUAGAGGUUAUUAGCUUUUUGUUAUUUUGAGAGUGUGUGAUAAAAACUGAAUUUAUAAUGAGCUGAAAUGAUCCCAUUUUUUUCUGUUCCUGUUUCUCUGAAGUAGUCUACUAUAAACCUCUUCUUACAGUGUGUUAAUCUUUGUUUUCCCUCCCAACUAAUAUGCUCUUUCACCCUCUACAGAUGGAUGACAUAGAUGCCAUGUUCAGUACCCUGCUCGGUGAGAUGGACAAUCUAUCUCAGGUGAGUUGUAUAUUGAUGCUGCAAGCUAACUUCAACAUUUUCAAUACUUAUGAAUGUGGCAAUGCUCACAAGCUGCCUGAUGUUAGAUAAAAGUGGCAAUAGUCUACCAUGUUAGUACUUGUGAAUGUGCUUAUUAGCAGUGUGUAAAAAUGUUAAAUGCAGAUUAAAUUAGUAGCUGUACAAAACAUGCUCAUAUUGUGGUGAUGUAAUAAUAUCAAAAUUUAACACUAUGUUAUUAAUCACUGGCUCCAGUGUGUUUACCUACCCUCUAAAUCUUUCACUGUCAACAAUAGAAAAUGCUGUCACUGUUUGCUAAUAUAUAAAAAAAUAUUCUUGUCUCUUUUUCUCAUUUCUUGACUCAGGGAAUUGAAAUGCUUCCAUAUCAAAACUAAAAGGUGUUGAAUCAUCCACAAUUUCAAAUUUGCCUCUUCAUUCUUGUCCUUCGCAUCUUUUGUUGUCAUAUCAACCAUAUUUGCGGUACUGAUCUGAGGCAACAAGCAGAGUGCAAAAGGUAAUGGGAACAUAUGGGACAAUAGUCUCUGUAGUUCCCACUUCCCUUUUCCCUGCAGUGGCUGAAACAGUACUACACUUUUGUCUAGAAGACCAAUCUUUUCUCAUCAUCGUAGGUCAACAAUAGCAUUGACACAUUACUGGUGUCGCAAUAGAGCAAAAUUUACACUAUAAUUACAUCCCUGGUGAAGAGGGUCUGAGCUUUUGUGAUUCAACAUUGUUAUUCACCCUGUGAGCAUGCUAGUAUUUGCCAAAAUAACACCUCACGCAAAGUCAUAGUAAGGUUGAAUUUGGGGCCAUUACUGGAUGAAAGUAAUUUGCUAUUUGCAAUUUAUAUCAACAAAAAUUGGACUUUAAUAUUUGUAAGAUGUUAUGGUCUCAGUCUUUAAACUGAAACUGUUGCUGUUUAUAAGCUUUAGCUGUGAACUCUCUAAGUUUAGGACUCACUCUGUACACAGAAUCCAACCAUUUAAUGUCACUGGGCUUCUCUAUAAAAUCUGACAAAAUGACUCAUCAGUUAAGCCGAUUCCUGUUUAGUUUUUUGAAUCCCUUUAUGUUCGCUUUUAGGACACAGAACGAUGCAAAAAGACAGCUUGGCAAGUUGGUAUUAUGAAAAAAAAAACCUGAAAAUGAGCCACAGUGGCCUUCUUUCUAUAGCUUUGUUAUUGGGUUGUUUAAAUUGCUAAAAAUACCAAAAUCACCCACUGAAGCAUUUGGUUUAUAUCCUUUAGAAAGUGCAAUAUAUCAAUGGGGCUCUGGGCUGAGCUGCCGCUGGUAAGUGUUGCUACAUGUUUUCGACAGGGAGUUAGACUUUCUCAGCAAUAUUGUGGACAUCAAAAAGAGGAGGAAUCUGCAUUUUGAGGCAGUUUAAUCACACAUUUAAAAACAGAGCUGUGGAGGCUGGAAGCUGAGCUGCCAGAAUCUCUCUUUGGUCAAAAGCGGCUAUGUUGUCACUUAAACCACUCUGACAUUGUUUGCUGCAUGUAGAUGAUGAACCGACUGAUAUUCAUCAUGAUCAUUAGAGCCAUGUAAUUAAUAUGGCUGCAAAUACCCUGACCAACGUUUGCCAUGUUGGUUUAGAGAUUUUUAUCAGGAGUAGCGAAGAGAAGAAACAUCUUUGGGUUACAUUCUUUCUGAAAACAUGACCAGAUGAGCGAAGGAUCUACACUCUCUAAUUGUUCCCAUCAGAGCUUUUGAAGUUUGAACAGGUUACACUGACUGAAACAGACAAAUUACUUGACAUUUAUUUCACUAAUCUGUAUGUUAUCUGAUAACACAUGGCAGCCUUUGUUUUGAGACUUGGCAUCAGACUGAAAAAUGUAAGGUGAUGCUGGGAUGUGAAGUCUAGAUCUGACCUUGGGGGAGUGCUGCAGAUUUCUUUAAGCUCACAUAAGCUGCUCAUCAUAAGGCUGCGGCUCGCCAAGAAACACAUGACACAUUUCCAACUGAUGCAACUUCAGCCUGCGGCCAUGUUCAUUAUUGUCCUUUUCAAAUUCCCACAUUUGAGCCGAGAGUGGGAUCAAUUCAAAACAUUACAUCAGACGUACCAGAUUAAAAAAGCUCCACAGUCUGUGUCACUUUGGCAUGAGUCCUCCUGGAACGCCAACACAGUAACAAAUGCCACUCAAGACACGCUAAGCAGAGUGUGUAAGAGAUGCAUUGUGAUUAAAGCAAGAGGCUGAAAAACAAAAGGAUUAUGAUUAAUUCCUCUUAUUGUCCUGUUGGGGUCCAUUUUCUGCUAAGAUGAAGGGAAAAAAAUGAACUUUUUUAUCCCCCACUUGGCGCUUUAAGGUGUUUUUUAAGCAGGAACAGCUUCAGCAUUACAACAUGUGUUUUCAGCACAGUGACGACGGUCAAACUGCGAGCUGGCAGGCCUCAUGUUGUGUACAGGCUGGCUUUCUGCCCAGUGUGUUUACAGAAUAUGAUUGAGCCCACAGAAACAUGUGAUAAUGAUUAAAAUGUUGAAGCCUCUUUACUUUAUUUUGUUCAACUUCUUCAGAGCACCGGACGAACUGCUUGUAGAGACUCUAACAUCACAGGUCUGACAAAUUAGUGUUUCUUUACGACCUGACGUUUGAUUUAUUCUUAAUGCAUACAAUAAACAGAGUACAAUCUGCUCUCUAUUACGGGCACUUGUAAACACAGUGUGAUAAAAAGCAGGGAGACCGCUUCAUAAAUGACAGGCUCCUGUUACAUAACGAAUAAUAGUACACAGAAACUUGUGCUUUACUUUUUGGACUGCUCUAUGUAUCAAAAACUUGAGGUUUUCUUCUGUACAAAAUGGCUUAAAAUUGCAACAAGACAUGAUUCAUCACAUUCAUUAACCUUCAUAUUUGUUUCAGAGUUUGGCAGAAACAACAGAAGAGGUUCCUACCUCUCCGAGACGGAGCACCUUCGGCUUCACAAACCUAAACGGUAAGAGUUAACUUAGAAAAAAAGUGAUGCUCUCACUCAGAGCAGGAGCAGCAGAUAAACUUCAAAAAUGAACCCCCAAUUUCCACCGCAUUUGGAACGGCUACGAAAAGGCCCUAUCUGCUGAUCGUAGCUGAUCGUAACCAUUCAAGGUAAUGUGUCAAUUUCCAACGGCUUCUUUCCGUUCCGCUGUGGAUCGCCGGACUGCGCAGCGGAUUGCAAGAGUUCCAUUUUUUUCUGGAAGCCGGGCAUGCUAGAUAAAUCAGUACAGAUUAACCUGUGCUGAAUUAAUAAUUAAUAAUUAUUUCUAAAUUACACUUAAAUUCAGAACAUGAGAUGCAGUUGGCAUCUUCCGUCAUCUAACUGCAUCCUUUACACUUGUGUAGGGCUGAAUGCUUUGCCGUUUAAAUAUUGCAUUUACUAUGUGUAAGUGCACAAUAUCCCUGCUGCAGGAAGUGUGCUGUCAGUCAUAUGACCCCUUUAAUGUGGCUCCUCACUCCAACACACAGAGAAAACUAACCACUGUGCAUUCAAAGUCUCCAUCUCCAUGUCACAUGACUGUAGAAUGUAAACAUGCAUGCAAAUCCCACCACUGCUAACGCUGAUACAGAAGCAGAAGCCUUUUCAUAGCUUCAAUGAACCUAUUGCUCAAAGUAGGAGGAUCACAGUGCAGGGGCCCAAAAGCAGAGGACGGCAUAGGACACCCCGCCUGUUAAGCCUUUAUGGACGACACUACGGUUAUGAUUCCGUCAAUCCAAGGAACACAAUGGAUCCCAAGUGCUUUGGAAAAGACAGCGACAUGGGCCCAGCUGCAGUUCAAACAUGGGAAGUUAACCCUUUGAUGCGCAACAUGGGUCAAAAAAGACCCGGCUGAGUUUAAAUUUUAUAUAUCUUUUCAAAAAAUUAAUUCCAUCAGUCGGUACUCAAGGAAUUCCUCAAUUAACUUGUUUUUGACGACCCUACAUCCUUAUGUUAAUUUUUCUUUUUUUACUUUUAGAAUAAAAACCGUUUUUGUAUCACUACCCCUCUAAUGCACAACAUGGGUCUAAAAUGACCCGUAUCCAUUUUCAAUGUUAUUUCAUGUAUGGCUGAGUGUUUCUUUGGUAUAUCUUUGAAAUAAAUUAAUUUUAUCAUUAACUAUUCCAAGUAUGCAGUAAAGAUCUUGUUUUAGUUGAGCACAAAUAAUCAUUUUUAUUUUUCCUUUCUUACGUUAUGAGGAUGCACAGAUUUUGUAUUUCUACAUCAAGUUUACAUAUAUGGGUCAGAAACGACCCACAUACAGUGACUGUAGCAUUUAGCAUGAAAAGACCAUCUAAUACAUGGAAGUAUGGUUUUUCAAUUGUUCUGACAUUAUCUUAGAAAUUAUUUGAUGACAAUUGUGAAAUAUAAUUGUACAUAGAUUUGAUUUGAUUAGGUUUAGGUUACCUUGAGAGUGAGGACAUUACAUGUUGGAAAGUUACACAGUUACAGGUAAAACAGCUAGCGUUAUUUCAGCUAGCUAUAAUCAGACGCAUGUGUGUGUGACAAAAUGACAAAUAAACAUGUUGCUGAUACAAAAUACAAAAGUGUUUGGCCCAUAGACUGUAUAAAGAAUGGACAGCGUCUGCCUCCUUGCCGGGUGAAGCCGAGAACAGCACCCCCUGUUUACAGGCUGCAGUAUAGGUCAUAAAUCCCGCCUCCGCCAGCAAACCUUAUGGAGCUGUGGACAAACUUUAGAAAUUUAUUACACAGAACAUAAUUUUUUCUCCCCCCCAGCUUGUGAUGUUGACAUGUAGUUACAGUAAGACUGGUUUGUGCUCAAGUCCUCUUUUUUCUGUACAGCUCUGUUUUUAAAAGUUAUUAGGGGGUUCAUGUUUUCUAUGAUUGACACCUGCCAUAGACUGUACAUAGAAUGGACAGAGUCUGCCUCCUCGCUGGGUGAAGCCACUCCGAGAACAGCACCCUCUGUUGAUGGGCUGCAGUAUAGGUCAUAAAUCCCGCCUCCGCCAGCAAAGAUUAUGGAGCUGUGGACAAACUUAAAAAAUGUAUUACACAGAACAUACAUUUUUAUCGCUCCUGAUUGUGAUGUUGACAUGUAGUUACUGUCAGACUGGUUUGUGCCCAAGUCCUCUUUUUUCUGUGAAGCUCCAUUUUUAAAAGUUAUUAGGGGUUCAUGUUUGCUAUGAUUGACACCUGAUACAGCCUAUGGGCGUUCAGGGAUUGCGUAGCUCUCCCAGGGGAUAUGCUGUUUGAGCUGUGUGUCAUCGCAGCGACUCUCUUCAACUGUGUGGCCAAAUGCGCGCAUUGCUACUGCGCAGCGCUGGUUUCAGGAAAUGAAGAAAAAUCCUGGAAAUAUCGAGAGCUAUUUGGCUUCAAAUCUGUAUACAGGCAGUAGGCGGAACGAAGUUGUCCAUAGUAUAUACAGUCUAUGGAUACACCCUAUGGGCGUUCAGGGAUUGCGUAGCUCUCCCGGGGUGAUACGCUGUUUGAGCCGAGCGUCAUCACAGCGACUCUCAGCGACUGCGCGGCCGAAUGCACGCUUCGCAACUGCGCAGCUCUGGUUUCAGAAAUGUAGAAAAGUCUCGGAAAUACCGAGAGCUUUUUGGCUCCAAAUCCGUAUACAGGCGGUAGGCGGAACCAAGUUGUCCAUAGUAUAUACAGUCUAUGGUUUGGCCCCACUCACUGCUAAUUUCAUUACUUGAAACAAAUUAUUGUUAUAGUGUUAGGUAAUUCAAUAUUAAAUCAAACUUGGAUGAAUGGGUCGUUUUUGACCCAUGUGUGUAAACUUGAUGUAAUAAUAUAGAAACUAUAUUAUUUCAUAAAGUAUGAAAAGAAAAAUAGAAAUAAUGAUCAGUGGUGAUCAAAAACAAGAUAUUUAAAGAAUACUUGCAAUAUUCAAUCAGAAAAUAAACUUAUUUCAAAAGAUAGAACAAAGAAAAACUCAGCCAGCAUGAAAUACCAUUGGAAAUGAAUGCGGGUCUUUUUAGACCCAUGUUGCGCAUUAGAGGGGGUGUGGAUAUGUUGCGCAUCAAAGGGUUAAGGAGCCUCAGCAUCCCGAAAGGGAAGCUGAAAGGAAACAUCUUUAACAUCCAAGGCUCAGACAUCCAAAGAAUUCAAAAGCAAGGCAUCAGGUGCCUUGGAAAGGCCUUUGACAGCUCCCUUAAGGACAACGAUAACCUCACCAGCACCAAAGCCCAGCUUAACAAGUGGCUUAAGGUGAUCGACAACAGCCAACUGCUCGGAAGGUUCAAGGUGCGGUGUUUCCAAUAUGGAAUCAAACCUCGACUGCAAUGGCCCUUUUUACUCUACGAUUUCCCCAAGUAGAAGGGAUAGAGAGGCUCUGUAGCAAGCUCUUGCGGAAAUGGCUGGGCGUCCCUCCAUCUUUCAGCUCAGUCAAUCUUUACAGCAAGACCUCAAAGCUUUCCCUACCAGUAACAUCGGUGGCUGAGGAGUUUCAAGCCGCCAAGGCGAGGGCAGUCAGAACACUCUUCUUGUAUGAAGAUGGGAAAGUGAGGCAUGCAAGUAAGAACAUCAAGUGUGGCAGGAAAUGGAGGCCUUAGCAGGCAGUGACUGAGGCAGAAGCACACUAGAGACAUCAGGAGAUGGUAAGCGUGGUAUGUCAAGGCCGCCUAAGUCGAGGAAACUAUGAUGGCAAGAGGUGGAGCAAAGCCAACACCAGAGUCAAAAGAACACUAGUGGUGCAAAGGGUCCGGGAGGCAGCAGAGGAGGACUGUCAGGUGAAGGCAAUAGGGCUAGCUUCCCAAGGUAGGUGGACACAGUGGGACAAGGCACAGGUCCUGGAAGGACCUAUGGCAAACUGACCAUAGGGAAAUUGUCUUUCCUCCUAUGAGCAGUGGCUGAUCUGCUGCCAACCCCAAGCAACCAGAAGAUUUGGGGUGCAGAGGAAGAUCCAUCUUGCAAACAGUGUGGAGUGGCCUACUGCACACUGAAUCACAUUCUGACUGGUUGUCCUAAAGCAUUAACGGAGUGACACUACAGGUGGAGGCAUGACAAGGUCCUCAUGGAGAUUGCCAAGUGGGUGGAGUAGCAGAGGACUAAGGCGAACAACAACCACACCUUACCACCUAAUGCCAUAGGAUUCUGAGGGAGGGUGGCAAGGCCCCUAAGAGCAGAACAGCAGCUAAAAACCUACCUUUCAUCCUGCAGAAACCCUCUGACUAGGAGUUGAACAUGGCCCUGAAGAGGGAACUCAUCUUUCCUCAUGGUGCAGUGGCAACCUCCACACAACCAGAUUUGUUCCUCCUAUCCAGGAGCUUUAAAACCAUCAUAGUGGCAGAACUUACCGUGCCCUAGGAGGAGAGGCUAGCCACGUCCUACCAUCUGAAAAAAGCCAAGUACCAGGACCUGAUUGAUUGAAGCGGCUCUGAAAGGGUGGCACACAACCAUUUUUCCCAUUGAGGUUGACUGCCAUGGGUUCCCAGCAAAAUUGGUGCGCUACUUCCUCCAGAGAUUUGGUUUCGAGCCCAAACAGCUGAAGAAUAGCCAUGAUGGCAGAAUCCAGCUUGAAAUGGUUUUGGCUGAAGAGGGCCCAAAGUUGGAACCCUUCUGCAGGCGAAAACUAACCAGCUUCUGCAGCUCCACUCAGGCGAGGUGUACAGGUUAAGGGGCGAAACACCCUGAGAUACCUGCUGAUGAUGCAGAAGGGUUCCUGCAGCAACGGUCUAGAGGAGCCAAAGAGAUGGAGGAGCUCAGGGCCCAGGAUGGAUGCAGCUGGGGUCAGGCAGUUCCGCAGCAGACCGUUUGCAGCAUUAGUCCAGUGGCAGCUAAAAGACUCAGAGACACUCAGAGAGACAGAAAACUGGUCAGUGACUUAUAUGGGACAUAAAGAUCUAAAGAGGAGAUAGAGACAGACUCUAGCUCAGUGUGCCAGAUAGCCCGACAAGUACCCUGUAGAACCCUAUACUCACUAAAUUUAACUUUGUUCCUACUUGGAACUGAAUUUUGGUACAUAACCCUAGCCCUGGGGCAAACACACAGAAGCACAGGCCCCUAUACAACAGUAUAGGAGCCAGAUUAAUGAUAAACUCAAGUCAAUGAGACAAGCCAAAAUAAAAAAAGGAAAUAGAAAAUUCCCUAUGGGAAUUUUAUAUUCACAGGGGAUAGUGUCUUGGUGCAUUUGUCCCGUGGUCCUAGUAAAGGCCAAAGGUUACUCUAUUUGUACCCUCAGGUGAAUUUUGUUUGCAGUGAAUCACAUGUCUGACAAUAGAUGAACAAAAGCACAGUACAUACAUGUAAAGUGACAACAGUGCUCAGGUAGGAGAAUAAAAUACGACCAAAUAUAAACCAACAGCUCUCAAGUUCUCUUCCUCGUGUUAAUGUGCCCAAUGGCUGAUGGAAUAAAACUACUUUUGUACUGCUUAGUUUUACAGACUGGUACCUUGAGCCUCCUGCCUUCUUUUCCCUAAAGUCAAGCUAACCUUGAAUAAAAUCGAGGAGUCACAGCAGCAUCUGUUUGGACAAUAAAAGAUAAGCGAAGGAAUGAAAGUAGAAACAAACCACUGAAAGUUGUUGGGAAUCCGAUCUAUGAUUUUUAGGGGGCACUUCUGCCUUUAUUAGAUAAAAUAAGACAAAGAGAGACAGGAAAUGUGGGGAGCAGAGUAGGGAAAGACAUGCAGCUAUAAAGGUUGUGGCCGGGAAUCUUAGGGGAUUGUGGCCCUGUCCUGAAAAUCCUACCAAAUUACGCUAGAGACAAUAAUAAUGAUUAUGGAAAAAAUGUGUUGUUUCCACAAAAGACCGUAGGAAGGGUUACUAGUUUGGCACAAGUACAGAGCAAAUUAGUCAAGUGUAAUUUAUUUUGGCUGUAUUCUUUGACUAAUCUUCAACUAAACAACUAAACAAGUACAAUUUAUUUUGGCUGUAUUCUUUGACUAAUCUUCAACUAAACUAACGGAAUGGGUGAGACGCAUGUGCAGAGUUGUUGUUUAAAUGACGAGUCCAUUAAAAACAUUGCUUGCUAAUCAGCAUUAUGUUAAUGUGUAACGUAUUAAGUUUAAAGUUAAUGUUUAAGUUAAAACAUCAUGUUUUAAGAAGGUACAACCUCAAGAUUCAAGAUAUUGUUUUUUUAUCGUUUAGUUAACAAAUGUUUAUUUUUGACUGAUCAGACCAGGAAUAUAUCAGGGUAAAUAAUGAAACUUUAAGAUCAGAAAUCUUCUCUUUCCAGAGUCUCUUAAUGAGCUUGAAGAGCAGGACCUGGAUGCUCUGGUGGCUGACCUCAGAUCAGACUCAAAGACGUCAGAGGUUUCCACAGAUCAGCAGACCGGCAGACAAACAACCGGUCAAAGUGCAGAAUCAGCCAUGACUCAGCAAUCUGAGCCAGCAGUUGCCUCUUCAUCAUCAUCAAAUGCUGCUGAAUCCUCUAAACGGCUGCAGAUGGUAACAAUACAAACACUUGAAAAGUUAAUACUAUUUUUACAAAGUUACAAUACAUAACUUCCUCAUAUUAUUUUCCAGAGUGAACCUCAGACGAAGGCAGACAAAAUCAAACUGGCUCUGGAGAAUCUGAAUGAAGCUAAAGUAAGGCAUGUGAACACAGUCUUGGGUUCUUCAUCAUUCAGCCGCGCAGUUACAGUAAAUUCUUUCUUCCCAAGUUGAUAGUAAAGGUGCUGAUGAGUGAUGGCAGCUCCAAGGCGCUGAUGGUGGAUGAAAAGCAGACGGUCAGGGAAGUUUUGGACAAGCUUUUUGAGAAGACAUACUGUGACUGCAGCGUUGACUGGAGCCUCUGUGAGACCAGCCCUGAGCUGCAGAUUGGUGAGAUGAACGCAAACACACAUGCUAUACAUGUAUAACUCAUAUGCAGGCAAUCACCACCGUGUACAUACCAUAUACAUCACGUGAGGCAAACUCCUGUAAAGAGGCAUGAGACUCUGCUGCACGUGUCCCAGGACUGUCUGAAGGUCUACAGUAUACUUAUUUGAAAGUCUAUCAUCAUUUCAGAGCGAGGCUUGGAGGACCAUGAAUGUUUCGCAGAGCCGCUGUCUGUGUGGACGUCUGAAAGUGAAAACAAAAUCUAUUUUGUGUCAAGACCGCAGAAGUAUGUGAUGUUCAAAGACCCUCAGGUAAGUAUGGGUGGAUCCGAUGAUCUCCUCUUUUAGUAACACAUUGAUUAAGAGUAAAUAUCCAGUUACUAUAAUGUGCUUCUUAGUUAUUUUACAUGUGGAAGAAGAAGACAGCAAGUUUGAGUGGGAUUAACGAACAAGAAAAACAGCUUCUACUCAAGGUCAGUAACAGCACCACAAGCCCACCUCAGCACAUCAGAGGAAAUAAACCUCUUGUUGCUCUUUAUUAUUGCACCAACUUAAAGAAUUGUAUGAAUAUGUCUCAUUUUAACAGCCUACAAAUGAUUUCCUUUUGUAAGGCUCAAGAAAUUACACUCUUGCGAUAAUGUAAGAUCUUUCCUCUAUCGUCUUCUUUUGAUGGCCUUCAGGGACAAGCCCUUAAAUGGCUGCUUCCCACCUGCUAAGGAGACAAGAUUCAGUUUGAUUUUGAAUUGUGCUCCUCUGGCUAAUCUUCUGUGGAGUGCCACAAGGCUCUAUUCUGGGCCCCUUUCAACUGCUUUUACAGAAAUAUUACAGAAAUGUUCUUACAGUAUAUGUAAAGUAUAGUAUAUGAUAAUUUUACGCUGUGGAUUAUCUGUGUGGUAUGGCUCUGCAGGAGAAUUUUGGUGGUUCGACUGUGAUUGUUCCCGAUCUCGAGGGCAUGCUGUUCUUAAAAGAAGAUGGAAAAAAAGUUUGGAAACCUCGCUACUUUGUUCUCAGAGCCUCAGGCCUGUACUAUGUACCCAAGGGGAAGACUAAGGUAUGGAAAAGAUAACUCAUUGUACAAACGCAAGCAUGUUAAUGGUUGAGAGGUUACUUUAUAGAUAUGUGAGCGAUACCACCAGUAACACAUAGCUUUAAGGAAACUGGUUCUUCAAGAGUGAAAGUUAUUCAUGACCAGUGUAUUCUGUAUUUUUAAUUUUUGCUAGUUCAAGUAAUUUGUUGAUUUCUGGUAUGCACAUAAAAAAGAUAAACCGCUGCAUUUUACUCAUAAUCCUCAUUCUAAGUAGGAAAUAUGUGUAAGGCAUCUAAAAUGCUCAGUAAAAUAGUAAUAACAAGCAUAUGGGAUAUUCAGAUUGGCAAGUCUGCAAACUGUAAAGUCAUAUUUGAACUGAAAUGAAAAGUAUUGAGUGGUUUAUUAUCCCAUUUAAAGUUUCAAUGUGACAACUGUUUUCUGUUGCUAUGCUAACAAACAGGUUGCCUAUAAUCCAAAACAUCCUUCUGUAAAUCAUUUUUUCAACAUGCUUUUAUAUUUUUCUUCAAUUGAGAUAGUUUAUAUUUAGCAAGCCAGUUGAUUUCCUCAGUUUACAGUUUUUGUGUUACUCUUGCUGAACUUACGAGCUGCUGUUUUAAGCUACAUGCUUGACAUCAAGAUCUGUGAGUGCUAUCAGUGUUUCACCUUACUCACGGUCAAAUAAUAACCACAACUACAACAACUUGUUCCUCAAAAUUACUAUCUUAAAAGUAGAAUUAAUAUUUAUCAACCACAUGGCAGCCAUUUCCCUAGAAUGUUAUUAGUAGUUAGCGUAGAUGCUAGCAUGUUGUUCUGCUUUGACACAGGCUGUUACUCUGAUCUAACCCAAUACAUUUUAUUUAUAUAACACAUUUUAACGAACAAUUUUUAUCAAAUUGCUGCACAGUAGGAUAAAAAUCUAGAAUAAAUGAUAAUCACAAAGAAACAUAAAUAUGCACAAAACAAUAAGAGCCUGUAAUACACAUACAAGAACAGACAUAAAACCACAGAGACCACACAACUCUUGAGCUGUGUAAAAAGCCAAGAAAUAAAAGUAUGUUUUUACAGAGAUUUAAACAGUAGGGGACAUUUUGAAGUAACUUGUUUGUCGUAUAAAUGCUGGCUAUAAUUAGACAAUUAUUUUAACUGCUGGCCAAUGAAGACUGAAAGAUAAUUGAUAUUUUUUUAAAAUGGAGACAUUGGACUAUUUUAAGCUUAAACAGUUUAUUUGGUGGCACUUCAGCUUCUGUUGGACAAUAACUAAUGUUGAUGUUCACCCAUAUCUUAGCAAACAUGGAGUAUAUUCUCAUUGUGUUGUGUAGCUCUAUCAAACAGGGAGAUAUAAUACACAAAAAUAAUUGAAUUUCAGAAUUGCUUGUAAUCUACAUUAGCUUUAGUUUUCUAGCAUCUAGUAGUCUAUUAAAUAAGUUGCUUCACUUUGUAACAUGGUGGGAUAUCCCUCCAGACAUCAGAUGCAAAAUAAAUAAGAGGCUUUGACUGGAUAAUGAUUGGUCAGGUUUUCCAAUUGUCGACUUCAAACCAGAAACACAGCAGUUAGAUUGUGUAACAAUUUUUGAGUCCCCCAAGCCGUUAUAUGAUGUCAGAAGAAAAUAUAAACAAGUUUUUCAUGCAAACUAUUUAGAAAAGUUUAGUAGAGGAGGAAACAAAAAUGGAUUAGGGGAGUUUGACAGUAAAAAAAACAGGCAAAUACCGCCCUGGCAGGUAUUUGAUGGCUCACAUCUGAGUGAUUAAACAUAUUAAAAGCAGAGAGGAAAGAGAAAGAGCCUGAAAAAUGAAGAUUGACAGAGUGAAUAGAAGCAUUGCAGCAUUUUUAAAAGGAAACAUGUCGCUCUUUCACCAAGACAGAGGAGGAAAAUUCCUUCCAAAUAGAUGGAGGGGAAACUGUGUGAGACAGAUGUGCAAAUGGUCAACAUAAGAGAGCUGCAGGAAUCAUCUGGAGUCAAGGACACAAGGAUGACCUGCCGGGAGAUCUGGAAGAGACAGUUCAUAAGAGGAGAAGAAAUGGCCACAUCAGACAAGGAGGAAGCAUAACUAAUAUUGUACAGCAGUGUGAAAUGGACACACAUGUAAAUACAGUUUAAGACUCUCAGUUAUGAAGGAAAGACAGAGAAGGAGAGAGAAGUGAUUAGCAAGCAGUGGUAAGAGAGGAGGUAAAAGAGGAUGAACAUCCAUGAAAAAAGUUAGGAACAAAGCCCGACAGGGUAAAAAAAAAAAAAAAAAAGUCUUUUUAACAUACAGGCAGACACACUUAGUAUUGUCCAGUACACAGUGUUUCUUUGUUUUUGUGGUUAAAUGUGUGACCAUGAUGUGCCUCUGCUCAAUAUUAGACCGAAAUGAAAGGAAUAAAUGCUCCUCUGAGAAAAAAACUCAAUCUUCUCAAGAAUUCCCUCUGACAUUUUUGGAAAACUAAAUCAAGACAAACAGAUUUGUGUAAAACUGUUUUCUUUGAAGUGUCCUCAUUUAAUUUCUACCAUAAAGUCAGACUGCGAAAGUUUGUUUUAUCAUCAAAACAUGUUUAAACAACUACCAGAGCAUCAAGACUAAUCGGUCAUUAGAUGAGUUUAGACUGAUUUCAUUCACACUGAAACAUCAGCAUGCUCUGGAUUACAAGUCCUGUAAAAUACACUAACUCACAAACAUAUUUUCUUCUGACGUCAAUAUAAAAACUUCACUGAGACGAAAUUUCACUGUUGUUAACUGUUUUUGUUGUUUUUCUGUCUGACAGUCCUCCAGUGAUCUUGUGUGCUUCGUCCAUUUUGAAAAAGUCAACAUCUACACCUGCAUCAACCACAGACAAAAGUACAGAGCCCCCACCAACUUCUGCUUCAUGCUGAAGGUAAGCUACAAAGACAUGGUCCAUGUUUCUGCUAUGGGUUGUCCAUCUUUCCAUGAUUUUCUACUUAAAAUUUGUGUCAGUUUGAGUUAAAAAAUCCCUGCGUAAUAUUAUUAAGAGAAAAAAGAAAGUUGUCAUUAUGAGAGGACAGAGAAAGUUGCUCCUCCUAUUGUGAAAUGCAAAGCCAAAAUCCUGCCUCUGUUGACAUAUUCUACGUGGGCAUGUGCAAAAGUGAUCUAGCUGGUGGAGCCAAGGGACUUAAGGCCCACCCCUUUGACUGAACAACACUCAUGAUAUAACCUACCAUAAAAUGUGAAAGAUUCCUGAGGUCAAUACAGUCCACAGCAGAUCAGAUAUUUGUGCUGAUUUGAAGCAGACACUCACAGUUUCGGAAAGUUCAGAGACUCUUGUGUUAGUGAGCAAUUCUUUUUAUCUCUCUCCACUUCUCUGCUGAAGAGUGCUUCUCUGUCAGAGCUAUCCAUCAAUCCUCUUUUGACAUAAAGAAACAUAUUAAUUACACUUAAACAUUAAUAGAUGAGAGCAAUCCAUCAGGGUACUAUGCUGUAAAGUUGUGGACCUGCACCCUUUCGGGUGAAAACAGUCAAACUGAGUUGACCAAUGGCAAAGUGAAAACUCCAGUCUAAGGCAGAGGUUCUCAAGUCCAGUCCUCGAGGCCCACUGUCCUGCAUGUUUUGGAUGUUUCCCUGCUCCAACACACCUGAUUCAAAUGAUCAGCUCGUUAUCAAGCUCUGCAAUGGCUUAAUAACGAGCUAAUCAUUUGAAUCAGGUGUGUUGGAGCAGGGAAACAUCCAGAACAUGCAGGACAGUGGGCCUCGAGGACUGGACUUGAGAACCACUGGUCUAAGGCAAUAUAAUAGCUUAGAAAAAAUAACAGCAAUACUGUUAUUGAUUGGCUAUUGAGAGCCUGAAUCUAUCAGCCAGUCGUGUAAAUCAUGACGUUUUGAUUUGUAAAUAUGGAUCAGGAUGUAACGUUUACAAAAAUCAAGGUUAUGACAGAAUAUGAGAGCUUCUAGACAGGGGUGAGAAGCUGUGUGUCGCUCUACAUUUCAUAGUCAUUUUGUAUCGGGCAUCUUUGGUGUAGUGCUCACUUUGUUAAAGAGAAAUAUAUGAGAUUGGAGAAGUGAUCCGCUGGGAUUUAUCCACUUUGGUUUUGGUGACAGAAGCAGUUACAGUUCCUACUUUCUAAGAGUUCUGUGAAUGGUGCCUUAAGGUUGACUUUUUACCAUCACAUUAUAGCCCUGUGUGGUGCCAGAUACUAUCUUUAAGAAAGGCAAUUUAAAAGUGAUAACCCAAUUCAGGCAACACAGUUAAAACACACACAUGAAUUUUGUGAAAUCAGUUUAUAACAGUGGCUACAAGAUGGGGUCGUUCAUCCUAAAAUGUAGGCAGAUUUAGAAGAUAUGUAGACCCUUAAGCUGAACUUUUCUCUGAUGUUACAUCGCCGAUCAGUGAAUAAAGACAUAAUUAAUGUGUUUUCAUUACAGACCAUCAGAUUUGCUGUCAAUAGCCAUUAAAUGAUGGGUUUCUCUCAAAGACCCCAGAAAUCCCAUUUACCGCCAUUCAUUUAGAUGGACUGCUUCCACCCACAAGGGGGCAUGGUCAGUUUUGAAAGUGGAAAGGGACGUUUGACUGCUCUCAACCAUCAGCAUGAUAAGGACUAACUGCAGUGACAGAAGUUAGGUGUUUGAAAAUUAUUUGACGUGUAGACAGAUUUAUAAUAUGACUCCUCUUCCAUGAAGAAGGUGGGCUGUAAGACCUACAGUACACCACAGCCAGUCACCAGGGAAUCAAAGUCCAUAAGCAUCUGUUCUAUCCGUUCAAGUGUCCAGUCAAUGUAAAAUGUACACUCAUUUUUAUGUAGAAAUUAAAGAACAAAGCUGCCAAACUGAACAUCAAUCAACUGUAGGGCGCAAAUCUAUCUGCUGAGCUGUGAUAGACAUGCUGAGUAAUUUACAAUACAUUGUGUAGUCUAAGCAUGACCACAUCUUUUGACCCAAUCAGGGGCCAAUCCAACCUUUGAGAGGGACCAUGCUACCCCUCUGAACACACCCCUGAACACAUUGUACUACUUACACAGUUUUUUUGUGAUCAAAUUGUUUCUAUAUUACUCCAGCUACAUAUAUAGAAAACAACUAUGCCUGAGGACAAUGGAGAAAAAAACACAAAUACACUGAAUGUGUGUUAUAUCUGUGGUAAAUACCUCACAUCUGCUCUAUACUUUCUGUUCUUCACAACAGCUUUGUCUCAUUAAACCCAGACAUAGGUGAAGGUUCAACAAGACACAGAGACUUCACACAAUAACAACACUUCAUGUGUUAUGGUAGACAGUGAUGGUGAAGUAGAUCACACUUACAGCUGAAAGUUUAUUUAUGCUGACAGGAAGGGAGAUGUGGUUGACUGUAAUUGUCAGUGUUGACCAGUGUGAACCGAUUUUUUUUUUUCAACAGCUUGUCAGUGUGUUAAACAAGUCCUCUCAAACCAUAUGGACACCUGGAAUUAAUAACGAGUGAAUGUGGUGUUAUAUCAUAUAUAGAAAUAUGUUUCUGUCUAAUAGGAAAAUCAGUCACACCCAAGAUUUUCCAGUUUUGUCUUAAGUUUCUUACUUAUAGAUUUUCACAAAUUAAUCAGUUAGGUUGCCUAAAAGACAGCAGUGUGGUCCUGUCCUACUUAAUCCACCGGUCUUUGUGGUGUUUGCAGUGAAGGGAAAGUCAGGCAUAUACUGCCCUCUGCUGGAUCUUUCGUGUAAUACAGCUCCACAAACAGCAAAAGUAAAAAAUAAAGAUUCAGUCUGUAAAAUUAGAUGCCUGAUGUUUUUUGUGAUUCUGUUGGACCUGAUCAGAUUGAAAAUAGAUUAGUGAUGUCACCAGGGUCAUCUCAGCAUUGGGUUUGGUGAUCAUGUGUUUAAAGGAGAGUUUCAUUAAAUUAAUGUAGGCCGCAGACAAGCUCGACACAUACCAGAUAAUAAAACUGAGGAUGCCUCUCCACAAUUUAAUUGUUCCUUUUGCAUGAGGUCUGCCUCAAGUCAUCUAUCAUCAUGAAACCACAGAUGAACCUAUAACAUCACUUCUCUUUUUGCCUGUAUUUUUUGUCCCAGCAUCCCUGCAUCCAGAAAGAUUCGGACUACAUCAAGUUCCUGUGCUGUGAGGAUGAACACACUCUGCUGCUGUGGGUCAACUCCAUCAGGAUCGCCAAGGUUAACCUGAUUAGAGUGAAAAUACAAAUUUAAUUUGAUUUCAGCUCCAGCUCAGGACAUUUCAAGAGUUAAACAUUUAUGUGUGUGUUGUUCCUUUGUGUGUUCAGUAUGGGACUGUUCUGUAUGAAAACUAUCGGACUGCUAUGCAGAGAGCCUCCCCCAGUAUCAAAACUCUCUACUCUGCUGCACACACAGGUGAGUCUCAAACACUUUUCAUAUUCCCUGGCUAAAUACUUGAUUCUGAUUGGUCAAAACCCUAUGACAAUGUGGAUUAAUUCUAAAUAGCAAAAUUGAUGCUCGAGACAACCUUCUUACACGUCAUAUCAAAUCAAUCAAGUUUCACUUCCACCUGUUGACACUCUGGUAAAAAUAAUAGUUUCCAUCUCAGACUUGUUUUAAUAGUGAGCAAACAAUGACAUUUAGUGAUGGAAAGAGGUGGAGCAACAUCCUGUCCCGCAAUCCAGGCAACAGCUGCAGAGCUGGUACCCAGAACCAGAGGCUGUUGUGUUUAUUGCAAGAAGUUGUGAAAUUUGCUCCAUUAGUGUUUGUGUGUCAACCGAGAACGAGAGCUGAAUGAGGACAGAAAUGUCAACAUAAAUAUUCUUGCAGAAGUUCUGCUCACCUUGUUUCACCAUGUUUUCUUUGGUGGAAAUGUUAGCUUAAAGGCCCCCAUCAGGAGUUUUUUUUACAUUUAUGAAACAGCCUGCAAUUUAGGUUGCUGCCUUUACAUAAAAGUCAAGAGCAAAAAAAGACCACCAGCAACAAGACUGACAAUUUGUACUGAUUCAAUUUUUAUCCCUGAAACCAGUGUGAUGAGGGUGUCAGCCAAGCCAGUAAAGAAAUAGCCUCGUUUUUACGGUUCCCACAUAACAUAAUCACAGUCAGCAGCACAUUUGACUGUUAAAAGUAAACAGGAUGAGAUUUUUGCGAAAAGACACUGGUCAUGCACACAAUUGAAGAUAUAACCAAACCUGCUUUGUCUACAGUGGGGCAUAACAUUGACACAAAGCAUAAGUUCCUCACAUGAGCUUUAAUGUGAACUAAAACAUAUAAGCUAGCUAAUACUUGAACUUGUGCAUGAAUUGAACUGUUAAGUUUAAUGUUAAUUCUUCUGGCACAUAGAUUAGGAAUGUGUGAGCAUGAGAGGGUUACUGACCGAGGAAUCAGAAGAGCUAUUGUUUUUACCUGUAUUAGUACAUCAUUUUUACACAAUAGUCUUUAAAUCUAUAUUUUGUUUCAUAUGUUCAAUUCUUUAUGAAAUGGUUGGACAAUGUGGUGAAUGUUGGACAAGUUGGACAAUGUGGUGAAUGGGUGGUUCAUGCAAAUUAGAAUCCUGACAGGGGGAGAAGUGGAGGGGCUCAUCUCACUCUGGCCAUUCUGGCUUACACUGACACCUGUUCACCAUACAUUAUCCCUUAUUUAUAGUGUGUACAAAUAGAUUGAUUAUUUCUUAAGAAUAAGAGCGAAAUUACAUUUUGGUUUAAACUUCAAGAGCAAAUGUUUACCUGAAGCAGCAUGCACAUACUAACACAGACCAGUGAAGUGCAGGUUUUGUAUCUUUUUUUUUUUUUUAGGAAAAACUGAAGCAGAAUAUAUAAUCACAACUUACUCGACAGUAUUUGAGUAUACAACCCUGAUGCCUGGAUCUGUUUCUUGUUUUCUUCUCAGACAAAUCCAAUGGCCAUGUCACAGACUGUCCACAUGAGCCACCACCUGACUUCAUCCCUCCUCCACCAGGGAACACACAAGGAUGAGACACACCUAGACCUCCCUCUUUAAAUCCGGAUCAAUCCUAUCCUGUCUUGAGCCCUCAGAUCUGGGUGAAUGUUAAAUCCCUGGUCUGAUUUGAUGUGUUAGAAAUGUUUAAAAAUGCAUUAAUGUCAUUUUAUUUAUUCACUGACUUGUACUGAUUGUUGUAGAUUGUAUUCCUGCUCUAUUAGCUUAAAAACAUAACAAAAGCACACAGCCGUGUUCAUUGUUUCAAUGAGCCGUUUAUUACAAAAAGACUGUACAUAAAUUUCAAUGAACACAUCCUAUGUACAAAUCAAGAGGAGAAGACAAAUAUUGGAUUCUGUUCCCAUGAACAUUUAAGUUACUGAUUCUUUUCAUUGUUAAGAAAACACACACUGAAGAAAGGCGCCUGGACCUGUGAUGCCCUGAAAUGCUCGACGUUAAAGUGGUAAACAUUACAAAGUUCUGCACGUCAGUGGUCGUCUCAUGACUUCUCUAUGAAAUAAGUAUAAAUAAAUCCUUAACAUACAAA